AUGGGCAAAGAGGCGGGUGCUAUGAUGAGGAAGAUGGGCAAAAUGAUGUGGGAGAUGGGUAAAGAUUGGGGUGUUACAUUAUGGAAGACGGGCAAAGAAGAUCCAAGAAGAGUGAUCCACUCCAUCAAAGUUGGUUUUGCCAUGACGUUGGCUUCAUCGCUGUGCCUGUUGCAGAAGGAGAAGCCACCGUUUCGAGGGAUCGGCCAAAAUACCAUGUGGGCUCUCAUAACUGUUGUUAUUCUUCUUGAAUUCACUGCAGGAGCAACACUACGUAAAGGGCUGAACAGGAUUGUCGGAACGGUGUUAGGGAUACUGUUGGUGCUCCUUGUUGAGCAUCUUAGUGCACAUCGGCCUAUACCCAGAGCAGUGUUCAUGGGAUGGACAGUUUUUGUCACAGGAGCUGCAGCUACCUACGUGAGGUUCAUUCCCACUAUAAAGAAAUAUGAUUAUGGAGUCCUGGUAUUCAUUUUGACCUUCGGUAUGAUACUAGUGGCCAACUACCAGGUCGACAAUACAACCAGCAUGGUGCGAGACCGCUUCUACACUAUCGCAAUUGGUUGUGGAAUAUGUCUUUUCUUGAGUCUGCUCAUCCUUCCAACCUGGUCAGGUGAUGACCUCCAUAAAUCCACAAUAACCAAGCUUGAAGGACUAGCAAAAUCUGUUGAAGCCAGUGUUGGGGACUACUUUGGCGAUGCUCAGAGGAAAGAAAUCCAAGACGAAUUGCCAAAGGAUUCCAUCGAUCAGAACUGCAUCAAAGUGUUGGAUUCCAAGAACACUGAUGAAACUAUGGCAUUAUAUGCAAGUUGGGAGCCAAGAUACCAAGGGAACUGUUACAAAUCUCCAUGGCAGCAGUAUGUGAAGUUCGGGGAUGCUCUUCGCCGAUUUGGUUACACGAUUAUGGCUUUACAUGGUUGUUUGCACACUGAAAUCCAGACUCCACCAUCUGUACGUGAUCUCUUCAAGGAACAGUGUACCCGUUUAGCUGAAGAGGUAUCAAAAGUGUUGGUGGAACUUGCUAAUAGCAUGAGGAAUCGCCGCCAUUUUUCUCCGGAAAUAAUCUCCAGUCAUCUCCAUAUAGCUUUGCAGGACCUCAACACCGCACUACGGUCCCAAACACAGAUUCUCUCAGACUCGAUGAACAGAAAGGACUCCAGAGUCUCUCUUACAACAAGCUUCGAAGCCAAUUCUUCUCCAUUGCGUGAAUCAAAAACCGCAGGACCUCCUGAACAAGUGCAUGGCAUUCAGGAGGUGUUAAGGCCACAGAGGAGUAAACAUGUUAUAGCUAGCCUUGAGUUCUCCGAGGCACUUCCUUUCGCUGCAUUUGCUUCCUUGCUAUUAGAGGCCGUGGCUAGGCUUGAUCAUGUUAUUGAGGAAGCCAAAGAACUGGGGAGGAUAGCUCGGUUCAAGGAAUAUAAAGCGGGUGAUGACAAUGUUGUGACACUUGAAAAAACAAAAUCGGACUUCGUUGAGAAAUAUUUCCCUCCAUCUGGAACAGAAUAG